GGCCUCUGCCCCGCGAAGGUGGUGCGAUGCUGCGCGACUGCCCCCGGGGACACCGAGGCACCGCGAGGGCGAGGUCCGCGCCGUAGGUCGGUGGCCGCCUCUCCCAGGGCGCCGGGAGGCGGCACUUCUCCGAGCUGCAGCCCCUGCCUGGGGGGGAUGGGCGCAACCAGGCCGGAUGGACGAGAAGACCAAGAAAGCCGAGGAGAUGGCCCUGAGACUCACCCGAGCAGUGGCAGGCGGGGAUGAACAGGCGGCUGUGGAAUGUGCCAUCUGGCUGGCAGAGCAACGGGUGCCUCUGAGUGUGAAGCUGAAGCCCGAGGUCUACCCCUCACAGGACAUCAGGCUGUGGGUGAGUGUGGAGGAUGCGCAGAUGCACACCGUCACCAUCUGGCUCACCGUGCGCCCUGAUAUGACGGUGGCUUCCCUCAAGGACAUGGUAUUCCUGGACUAUGGCUUCCCACCAACCCUGCAGCAGUGGGUGAUUGGGCAGCGCUUGGCCAGGGACCAGGAGACCCUGCACUCACACGGGGUACGGCGGAAUGGGGACAGUGCCUACCUGUAUCUGCUGUCUGCUCGCAACACCUCACUCAACCCUCAGGAGCUGCAGCGGGAGCGGCAGUUGCGGAUGCUGGAAGAUCUGGGCUUCAAGGACCUCACGCUGCAGUCACGGGGUCCCCUGGAGACUGGUCCACCGAAGCCUGGGGUCCCCCAGGAGCCAGGGCGGGGGCAGCCAGAUGCUGUGCCUGAGCCCCCACCGGUGGGCUGGCAGUGCCCCGGGUGCACCUUCAUCAACAAGCCCACGCGGCCAGGCUGCGAGAUGUGCUGCCGGGCACGGCCUGAGGCCUACCAAGUCCCGGCCUCAUACCAGCCUGAUGAGGAGGAGCGAGCACGUCUGGCCAGCGAGGAGGAGGCGCUGCGCCAGUACCAGCAGCGGAAGCAGCAGCAGCAGGAGGGGAACUACCUGCGGCACGUCCAGCUGGACCAGAGGAGCCUGGUGCUGAAUGCUGAGCCCGCCGAGUGCCCCGUGUGCUACUCGGUGCUGGGGCCUGGUGAGGCGGUGGUGCUGCGUGAGUGUCUGCACAUCUUCUGCAGGGAGUGUCUGCAGGGCACCAUCCGCAACAGCCAGGAGGCAGAGAUCACCUGCCCUUUCAUUGAUACCAACUACUCAUGCUCGAGCAAGCUGCAGGAGAGAGAGAUCCGAGCGCUCCUCCCCCCUGAGGAUUACCAGCGUUUCCUGGACCUGGGCAUCUCCAUUGCUGAAAACCGCAGUGCCUUCAGCUACCACUGCAAGACCCCAGACUGCAAGGGAUGGUGCUUCUUCGAGGAUGAUGUCAAUGAGUUCACCUGCCCCGUGUGUUCCCACAUUAACUGCCUGCUCUGCAAGGCCAUUCACGAAAAGAUGAACUGUAAGGAGUACCAGGACGACCUGGCCCUGCGGGCUCAGAAUGAUGUGGCUGCCCAGCAGACGACAGCGAUGCUGAAGACCAUGCUGCAGCAGGGCGAGGCCAUGUACUGCCCGCAGUGCCAGAUCGUGGUGCAGAAGAAGGACGGCUGCGACUGGAUCCGCUGCACCGUCUGCCACACCGAGAUCUGCUGGGUCACGAAGGGCCCCCGCUGGGGCCCAGGGGGCCCAGGAGACACCAGUGGGGGCUGCCGCUGCCGCGUGAAUGGGAUUCCUUGCCACCCCAGCUGUCAGAACUGCCACUGAACUGAGGAUAUUCUGGUCCAGUUGAAACAGCCCCACCUCCGCCAGCUGCUGUGGGACGGGGCUGGUGCUUUGGCUGAUUUCUGGCCUGUGAGAGGCCUUUGUGGUUGGCUAAGAUGGGCCCAGUGGGGCCAAGCCCCUGGCUGCAUGGACAGCCUUGUUUGUGAAGGAUGUGCCCUGAAUGGGCUGUUGCUUCAGUGCCUUGGUCCUUCCCUUGGGACUCGCCAGCCAGACCUCUCGUCUCUUCUGCGCCUCCCACCUCUGCCUGAUUCAGCCUGAAAUUCAGCCUGGCCAGAGGUCUUGCUGGAUGGUACCUGAAGCCCUGUGUGAGUCCACGCUCCCACCACCCCUGCUUGCUGAGCGCUGAUUUCUCACAGCCUACCACAUACCCCGUCAGCUUUCUGGGGGUGACCCUUCCCGUCCUUUGCUCUUGGAGGCCUGGCCUCUUAGAAUUGCUGCUAAUUCUGUUCUGAGCCAGGAGGGAGACCUGGCAGUUUUUAAAGCACAGCCCAUUAGGUCCAGCUUCUGUGUCUCCCUCUUUGCUGCCAUAGUAAGGUAAUUAAAUGUUUUUCCAGGAAGGGCUGAGUGUCGUGUCUGUGAGAGGGAAUGAGAGGGUCACAGGGUCGGACUACACACAGGCCGGAUCCCAGACUCUGGGGAUAGCAGCAGAACGUGGAUCUAUCAGCCAUUUUCGAUGGUGGGAAAAGAGUGUGACUGAGCACCGUGCAUCCUUGUGCCAAAUUUGCACCCGUGUGCCCGACUUGAGGGGCGGGAUGCUCUUGGUUAACACUACCCUGCACAGGGAGAAGUUUGCAGCGUUACGUCCACAAAGCAAGGGCUCAUCAAUGAGCGUUAAGGGGGAGGGCGGACCUAGGCAGCAGCUGAGGCUUGCAGGAAAGCCUUGCUCCCUUCUGGCCUGUGAGUAUGUAGAGUUGGGGAGCAGAAACACUGCAGAAUGAGGGAAGCUGCUGCCGUUGAGCGGGGAGGUUGCCCAUCCCAACUUUAACAUCUCAGGUAAGACGCACAGCCCAGCAGGAACUCGGCGUAGUGCCCGGUCCAUUCGUCCAUUCUGUGUCUCGUCAUUCUCUGACGUCCCCGCCCUUCCGCUGUUGAGAGCUGGUAUUCGACGGUGAACACGUUGAGCGGUGAUGGGAAGCAUCCGGCAGGCCUGAGUGCCAGGGUCCAGAAGUUGGGGCAUGUGGUCGGCUCUUGCAUCAGCCCCUGGGAAAGCAUUGCCACCCCCGAGGCCAGGCCUUGAAACAGCUGACCGCAGAGGGAGCAGAGGUGAGUGCCCUCCUGUCAGCACUGGCUCAUGGCAGCUGGCAACUGUCACAGCUGAUGAAGGGCAGCCCCAGGCCGCCUCCCCGGCCCUGGGAGUGAGAAGGGUCAGAACCGCUGAGGAGAGACAGCCGCUGAGGAGAGCUGGCUGCAAGAGUGAGGCCGAACCCAGCCUGGGGCAGACGCAUUUCUCUUACCAGCUCUUCCCUCAUCUUCAGGGUCUUUCUUGGCAUCCCUUGAGGGCAGAGACUUACUACAUUGGUAUAGAGAGUGCAAACUGGCAAACCACAGGUUCGUUCACCCAAUGCUGAUGUCGAAAUUUGAAGCAGUUGCCAACAUUUUAAAAUUGAGAGAUGGGCCUCCCCGGUGGCGC